AUGGUUGAAUUAAAAGGACCUGGUUACACAACUAGUUACAACAACUUCUUGAUUAUCAUUCCAGCUAUCAUUAUUAUUACUCUUAUUGGUUUUGUUGCUUAUCGUUUGGUCGAUAGUUUCAACUCGAAGAAGAAACAAAAAGAAGAAAAAGCUCGAUUGAAACAAAAGAAACUUGAUCGACAAGCAUCUCCUCAAACAUCACCUAGAAAGAAUAAACAAAAAUGA